CACACACACUCUCCCCCGGCCCCAAGAGCCAAGAAACAAAAGCCUAGUGAGAUGUAAAAGGUUUCUUCACUGCCAAAUUGUUGCUCUGCUAUAUCCUUGCAAGUAGGGUGUGUAGCUUUGGCUGGCGCUUGUGUGUGUGUGCGCGCGUGCAUGCAUGCAAGCUUAGUUGCUACUGCCAUCCAUGUCGGGAGCGGCCGCAAGGGAGUGUGCCGGCAGCUUCUCUUCUGUGAGCAGCAAUAAUACAGCUAGCCGGGAGGUGGAGGAAGAGUUCUUGCAGCAUCAACAGCGGCAGUUCCACAUCAAGCCGCUCCUCGGUAGCCCGCCGGAGAUGGGCACCGACGACGGUGAUCUCCAGCGCGUCACCGGCCCAUCGGAGCCGCCGCCUGCCGCGCCGACGGUGAAGAAGAAGAGAAGCCUUCCGGGGACACCAGACCCCAGCGCGGAGGUGAUCGCGCUGUCGCCGCGGACGCUGAUGGCGACGAACCGGUUCGUGUGCGAGAUCUGCCACAAAGGUUUCCAGCGCGACCAGAACCUGCAGCUGCACCGGCGCGGGCACAACCUGCCGUGGAAGCUGCGGCAGCGCGGCGGCGGUGCGGACGCCGCGGGCGGCGGCCCGCCGAGGAAGCGCGUGUACGUGUGCCCGGAGGCGUCGUGCGUGCACCACAACCCGGGGCGCGCGCUGGGCGAUCUGACGGGGAUCAAGAAGCACUACUGCCGCAAGCACGGCGAGAAGAAGUGGAAGUGCGAGCGGUGCGCCAAGCGCUACGCGGUGCACUCGGACUGGAAGGCGCACGCCAAGGUCUGCGGCACCCGCGAGUACAAGUGCGACUGCGGCACCGUCUUCUCCAGGCGAGACAGCUUCGUGACGCACAGAGCGUUCUGCGACGCCCUGGCCCAGGAGAACAACAAGCUGGCGCAGCCCAUGAACAUGGCCACCGUGGCCUCGGCCCUCCAGGGCCAGGCACACCGCCUCGCCUUUCCGCAGUCCCACCAGGAGGCCGACGACCUCGACGCCGCCGAGGACGAAGACGCCGACGACUUCGCCCUCGACACCAAGAGCCCGCAGCUCAGGAUGCUCCCCGCCGCCAUGCCCGACGACGCCGCCGCCCCGCUCCUGCCGCCGCUCAGCAUGGCCGGGUGCAUGCUCUCCAGCCUCGCCGCCGCGAGGCCUGCGCCCUCGCCGUCGACAGCCUUCUUCACCGGCGCCAGGAUAGGGCUUGACGGGCCUAGCGAUCCCAACAGAAGCAUGGGCGGCGGCUUCUCGCCGGCCGGCUCGGCAACGGCGAGCAUGUCCGCCACGGCGCUGCUGCAGAAGGCCGCGGAGAUGGGCGCGACCACGGGCGGCGGCUAUGGCGCGGGCUUCGCCACCGUCGGCUUCGGACCCAUGUUGGGUGGGCCUAACCAUGUGCCCACCAUGAGUCCGUUUGGGCCUCUGAAGGCUCCUACCAUGGAUCCGCCGUAUGAUGGGCUGCCGUUGGGCCCGGCACAGCUGGUUGGGCUGGACGCGGGCAGGCUAUUGCCGGGUCAGCUCUACUGUGGCAGCAAUGGAGGAGGUGCCCACGGUGGUGGGGUCGGGUCGAUGACCAGGGCCAUCGGAUCGUUGAUGCACGGUGGCCAGCAGCAGCAGACGACGGAGCACCGGCGGCCGGACGACCUGCGCGUCGUGGAUUACCUCGGCGUCGACGACCAACGGAGCUUUAGUGGUGGUGGUGUGAGCCCCUUCGGGCCUCAUAUAGGUCCAUGGGCCUAGAUAUCUUUGUAGCAUGCUUCACAUGACUACAAAAGGAGGAAUUCAGUGUACUGGGUUUGGGUGAGAUAAUUCAGUGUACUUGUUUGCUGGAGAAUUAACUGGGCCGGCCCACCAAGAAGAUGAGGGUAUUCUGGUAAAUAUAUAUCACCAGAUUCUCCGAAAACCCUAACCCCACAGAUCAACCCGAUAAAUACGACGGCUUUCCCCCGUCUGCCGCAAUCCUCUCGGCUGCGGCCACGGGAAUCGUCAGGUUUGUUCAAAAAUCGGCUGAGAUGGGAGCUUGAGUCUUCGUCAGAUUUUCCAUGUUUUAUCUUUGGAUAUUGUUUGUUUUUCGUUCUUUUUUUCAUUUGUCUUUGGAUCUGAUUGGAUGAGGCUGUGAUGACCAAAAAAUACCUACCUAUUUUCUGACUCCUGACGAGAAACCAAUAUCCUUCUGAGCCUUCCAAGAUCUAUGCGACUUCUCGUCUAUCAAUUUGUUUGGAUUGCUUUGGAUCUGUUGCCGAUGGAUUUUACGAAAGCAGAAAGGAUUUUGCGCGGUUGAUGUGAUGAUAAGCUUUCACAGAAACUCUAGUGUUGACCAAAAUUCAGACUACAAUUAUCUGAUCACCUGCAAAAUCUUGUUUUUAAUGGCGUUUCUGUUUCUGCGUCUCCCGAGUAAACUGUUUCUUCUUUCACCCUAUUAACAGGAACAGAUGCUGUGAUCUGUGCACAAUAAGCCGAUGCUCUGGAUACUAAAACAGGAAGGAAGCAUGGUAGUGUGUACGGAGAUGAAAAAGGUCUGCAUGUCUGCUUGCUGUGAUGCCUUCGGGCUUUGAUCUCGCAGGCCUGGAUUUGACCUACACACUCUUUACAGCAUGCUAGAACCGAAGAUUAUUGAAGCUGUAUUGACGGAUGGGUUACAUGUCCCAAUUGCAAUUCGUCCGCUGAUGCUAAAGAGAACGAUAAUAUGCGCAGGAGGCAACUUAAUAAUCUUAAAGAAAAAAACUAAUGGUUUGCGAAGCCAGUUCUGAAUGAGCACUGAAGAAUUCCCUUUGGGCUUUCUUUAGUUAUGGCUGGUGAAGAACAGCAGAUCCUGUGCCUUCAGGCAUGCGGUUGCAACUGAGCUUGAGAGGUAGUAGUGUAGGGGAACCAAACACCCGCAGCAACAACCGUCGCCAUCCGGCAAGCACAAGGGCCCAGGCUAGAAGGAGGCCAUGAUUGAUCACUCCAUUCCGAAUGCACUAGUCAAAUCGAGAUGCUCUGCUUGGACUGAUAAUUAUUGGUCACCAGUCACCACCUCCACCUUGGAAUUACACUUAUGCAAUGGCGAUCGAGAGCAGUGAAGAGACGGUUGGGGCAACCAAAUCAAACAAGGUCGAAAUAU